AAAAUUCUUACUUUCAUGCGAAUAGUUCUUCUGAUUUUCGAUAGUUUCGCAUCAGGCGUAUUUUUUAUUGCUGAAAGUGCUACGAUUUACGUAUUCGAGGAACAGGAACCUAAGUUUUUGAUGGCUUUUUCACAAUCGAAUUCAAGAGAAUUGCAAAACAGGAAAAUCUUAGAGGAAUUGCAACUGAAAAAGCAAAUGUUGUUGAAACAAGGUGUAGCACCAACUCUGAACACUUCUGUAGCACUUCCACCAGCAGGAUCUCCCUCUAAUUUGCCUUCAACACAACCUUCCGAUGGCAUUGCAAUGAGUGCGUCACAAAGAGCAGCCUUGCAUAGUGCUCAUGCUGCUUCAUCAGGAUACUUUGUGACUCAGGACUCCUCUUUUGGCAAUUUAAUUUUACCUGUUCUGCCCAGAUUCGAUACUAAAGAGAACAACUCGAUCAAAAUGGUUAGUUUACAACUACGCAAGUUAGAGGAAUACAUGCAACAGUUGGAUGGAUUCGAGAAACCAAAAAUAUUGCUCGAACAGUACUGCACCAGCGCGCAUAUCGCAUCCCGCAUGUUGUACACUGCACAAAGCCAAUUCGACGAUAUAGAAGGUCGUGCAGUGGCUGAUUUAGGAUGCGGAUGCGGAAUUUUGUCCCUUGGAGCACAAAUGCUAGGGGCAGGCCACGUUGUCGGCUUUGAAGUAGAUACUGAUGCACUUCGGAUACUUUCUAGAAAUUGCAGUGACUUAGAGCUGUUUGUGGAAGUUGUACAAUGCGAUGUACUUCAGUAUCUACCAGGAAAAUUCGAGAAAUACUUUGAUACAGUGGUGAUGAAUCCACCUUUCGGGACGAAACACAAUACAGGAAUAGACAUGAAGUUUCUGGAAGUUGCCACGAAACUCGCAUCAAACGCCGUGUACUCUUUGCACAAAACGAGCACGCGUAAUUAUGUGCUCGAAAAAGCGGCGCGGUUCGGCGCGAAAGGGAAAGUCAUCGCCGAACUGAGAUACGACCUGCCAAAAGCGUACAAAUUCCAUAAGAAAGUCACUGUGGAUGUUCAAGUGGAUUUUAUACGUUUCGAAUUAAACCAUUGAAUAUUUUCAAGACACCAGCACGUUCUAUUCGAACUUGAUGCCCUGAGCCAAUGGCAAAUCGUUUCCAUAAUUAAUCGUGAUAGUUGCACGUCGCAUGUAAUGCUUCCAUGCAUCGCUGCCACUCUCACGACCACCUCCAGUCGCUUUCUCCCCUCCGAAUGCACCGCCAAUUUCUGCGCCGCUUGUUCCAAUGUUUACGUUCACUAUUCCACAGUCGGAGCCAUGAGGACCAAUCCACUGCACAGAAUAAGUUUGUACAAUCAUCACCUUCAUCUAGAUGAAAAUAUAAAUUACAUUAUCAUUCACUUACCCGAAA